CAGAAACAGAUUCUCUACCCUCAAGAUACUACUAGUAUAUCCACUACAUCAUGUAUCUCACAUACCUCACCAUCUUCACCCUCCUCUCCUCCCUCGCUACAGCACAUGUUCCCCGUGCUGGCACUCCCACCACGCUCCUCGCGGCCCCAGCUGCAGCCAUCAACGCCGUGGCCACCCCCUCUCCAAUUCAGCCCGGCAUGACCAGCAAUUGCGACUCCUUCCACCUAGUGUCUAGCACCGAUACCUGCGCCACCAUUGCCUCCAGUGCUGGCAUCUCGCUUGCCAACUUCUACUCGUGGAAUCCGAGUGUUGGCUCCGGCUGCGAGACUCUCUGGCUGGGGUACUAUGUCUGCACUGGAGUUAGUGACACUACCACCACUACUACGACCACAUCUACUACGACCACCUCCACCACAACAGCCGUGACUACCCCAUUGCCCACUCAGUCAGGGAUGGUGAGUAACUGCGAUGCCUUCUAUCUGGUCGCCUCUGGGGAUACCUGUACGACAGUGGCGCAGAAGAAGAGUGUGUCGGUGACGGAUAUCAUCGCUUGGAAUCCGGCCGUUGGUACGGGUUGCACUAAUUUGUGGUUGGGGUAUUAUAUUUGUGUGGGUGUGUUGUAGGUGAAGUAGGGUAUGAAUGAUGAGUGAGCUGAGAUUUAUGCGGUUCAUGGUUCAUGCUGAUUGUCGGCUGGGGGAUGGUUAAUAUCGCUUUUGUUUGGGCUUAAUCUAGUAGCUGAGUAUUAGCUAGUACUACUACUCGACUUUGUUUGAGAGGAAUUUAACGGAGAGAUGCUUUGCGGUUCAUUUGGCAUACUGCUGUUACUCAAUAUUAUGGAUCUACUAGAGUAAAUCCACCGAUAAAGAUGAUACAUAAGUCUCGAUCGAAA